AUGAAGGUCUUGGGCUAUCUUUCCGCGGCUGUGGCCGCAAUCCAUUGCAAUUUGGCGGUCAGUCAAGAUUGUUCUAAGGCGUACCGCUACGAAUUUCUUCCCGACAUGUCGAAGAACGCUGCAGCUGCCGCUUGCGUAUCAAGUGAAUGUGCAGGCGACUAUCAGAGGAUGGGACAAGAAGCAUUUCAAAAUUGCUGCAAUAGAAAGUGCAAUCCCCCGGGCUAA